GUGCCCAAUCUCUUCUUCUCCACCUCCCCUUUCACCAACAUUGCAGAUUCCUCCUCUCUCUAACCUAGAGAGACACAGAAUUGUUAGUGAUAGUGGAGCGUUGGUAGUGCUCUUCCAACGUCGAAAGUUUCAUUCCUUGUCUCUUUUUACCCCAAUUUGCACACGCACGCCUCAUCUAUAUGUGAAUCCAACUGUCAACUACAAACUUCGCCGCACACCUCUUCCAUUUCUCACACCUGCGGGCUACUGAAUUGUCGCUCUCCCUCUCGCAGAGAGACAGAGAGUCAUUUGAUGCUUUGCGAGAGACGUGAUUCGAUUGCUGGUCCAGAAUUUGCUAGAAGCCUCGAUUACUAGACAAGUUAAUUGACACAAUGUAAAUGUAUUCUCCGUAAAAGUCGUGCUGCUGGAAAAGAGCUAAUCUUUCGCCAAAGAGAGAGGAGGGAAUGGGUUCGUGGGCAUACUUUGAUCCUGAGUAUGAGACAUUAAGCAUCAGAAUAAAUCCUCCACAGGUUUCUGUGGACAACUCUAGCUGCAGGGAGUGCACUCUGGUCAAGGUCGACAGCAUGAACAAACCAGGGAUACUUCUGGAGGUGGUGCAAAUCCUCUCGGACCUUGACCUUAUAAUUACAAAAGCUUACAUUUCCUCUGAUGGCGGGUGGUUUAUGGACGUGUUUCAUGUCACUGACCAGAACGGGCAAAAGAUUAGCAACAGCAAGACUAUUGAGUACAUAGAAAAGGCGCUGGGACCAAAAGGAAACAUGUAUGGCUUAUUGAAGCCAUCGACUGGGAAGAAAGCGGGGUUGGGCUCUAUGGGUGACUGCACUGCGAUUGAGCUUAUAGGCCCGGAUCGUCCUGGUCUCUUGUCGGAGAUUUCUGCUGUGCUUGCCAAUCUCCAGAUCAAUGUCGCUGCUGCUGAAGUUUGGACCCAUAACGGACGGAUAGCAUGUGUUCUCUACGUUAAUGAUGACACAAACAACCGUGCUGUGGAUGAUGCCUCAUGGUUGGCUGCUAUGGAAGAGCAGGUCAAAAACAUUCUUCGUGGGUAUGGCACUGAUGAUUCCAUAUCUUUUACCAGCUAUUCCAUGGGUUCAACCCACAUCGAUAGACGCCUGCACCAGCUGUUCUUUGCUGAUAGAGACUAUGAAGUUACUGGAACCGAGCCGGACUCUCAUAUCAAACCAAAUGUGACCAUUGAGCGAUGCGAAGAAAAAGAUUACUCUGUAGUUACUGUCAAGUGCAAAGAUAGACCAAAGCUCAUGUUCGACAUUGUGUGCACCCUUACAGACAUGCAGUACGUCGUCUUCCACGCCACCAUCUCAUCCGAUGGUCCCUAUGCUUCACAGGAAUAUUUCAUACGCCAAAUGGACGGUUGCACACUGCAGACAGAAGGAGAGAAAGAAAAGGCCAUCAAGUGUCUCGAAGCAGCAAUCAGACGAAGACCAAGUGAGGGUAUAAGCUUGGAGCUUUGUGCAAAGGACCGAGUAGGGCUGCUCUCAGAGGUAACACGAAUCCUCCGAGAAAACGGACUCUCAGUCACGAGAGCAGGUGUAACAACGGUGGGGGAGCAAGCCGUGAAUGUGUUCUACGUGAGUGAUGCAUCGGGCAAACCAGUAGAUGCAAGGACCAUAGAAGCCCUGCGCAAGGAGACUGGGAAGACGAUGAGGCUGAACGUGAAGAUGCUGCCGAUGAAUACGAAAGCACUCGAAGCAAGUGGUAGGGCAAAGACUAGCUUCUUCCUUGGAGGUUUGCUGGAGAAGUUGCUCCAUUGAGUUUGCACAACAAUUUCUCUCUAUUAAAAAACCUUAAUGUAUUCACAGCUUCCUGCAAGAUUUCUAUAUAUGGUGAUUUGUCCCAACAGCAUCAAAACUGUAAAAAAUAAAUCAAGAGCUGUAAUAAAAAGCUGUACAAUUAAUUGUUGUUAUCAAAUUGGAACUCUUGUACAUAAGGUAUCCAUGUAAAUUAUCAAUAUAUUGGGGUCCUAUAUUUCGUUA